CUCCAUGUCCUCUCCAGUGUGCUGUGGUCCUCACAACACCGGCGCCCAUCGCCGACCCACCGUCGGAGAGUUGUUGGACGUCGAGUCGUCGAUCCACGAGGGACACGUGGCGUUAACAGGUUUCCCUGAUGGGUGAAUGAAACAGAGAUUAGAUGAGCUGAACUAAACAGGUUGGGUUGAGGUGAACUGGAACAGUGAUCAGUAUGCAUGGUCAGGUGGUGGCUUCACAGCGGCUCUCUGUGAAGACCUGGACGGAUGAGGAGAGCGACCGAGCAGACAGCCUUCAGAGCAGCUGCUCAGAGCUCCAGAGGAUGGCAGCCAAUGACAGAAGAGAUCAUAACUCCCCGAGCUCCUUCCACGGCCAGGGGGCUCUCUCCAGGAUCGUGAACAUGGUGAUGACGCUACGAGAGUGGGCCCACAAGAGUCUGGUGGAGGAGGUGGAGCGACCCGACUCCUUCCUGGAGCGCUUCAGGGGCCCCGCCCCCAACGACAUACAGGCCCCGCCCAGCAGGUUUAGCCACACCCACGCAGACUCGGACGCCGACGCCGAGGGCCGUCGAAUGAGACGCAUGAAGAGGAGGUGCAGAGUCUUUGUGUUGUCGCCCUCUGAUGACGCGUACUACCACUGGCUGAUUGUGAUUGGUGCUGCUGUUCUUUACAACUGGAGCCUUCUGGUCGCCAGAGCUUGUUUUAACGAGCUUCAGACCAACAACGUGCUGGUGUGGCCGGUCCUGGACUAUCUGUGUGACAGCCUCUACAUCCUGGACACGGUUGUCCGGCUCCGCACAGGCUUCCUGGACCAGGGCCUGAUGGUGAAGGACGUGCGGCGCCUGCGGGAGAGCUACGUCAGCACGGUGCAGUUCAAGCUGGACGUGUGCUCCGUGCUGCCCACCGACCUGCUGUACCUGGCCGCCGGGCCCUCCUACACCCCCCUGCUGCGCUUCAACCGCCUGCUGCGCCUGCCGCGCCUCUUCGAGCUGUUUGAGCGCACGGAGACGCGCACGGGCUGCCCCAACGCCUUCCGCAUCUGGAAGCUGGUGCUCUACAUCCUGGUCAUCAUCCACUGGAACGCCUGCGUCUACUACAGCUUCUCCAAGCUGCUGGGCCUGGGCUCCGACUCCUGGGUGUACCCCAACGCCUCCGACCCCGAGUUCGGCUCGCUGACGAGGAGCUACAUCUACUGCCUGUACUGGUCCACGCUGACGCUGACCACCAUCGGGGAGACGCCGCCCCCCGUCCGCGACGAGGAGUACCUCUUCCUGGUGUUUGACUUCCUGGUUGGUGUGCUCAUCUUUGCGUCCAUUGUGGGCAACGUGGGAGCGAUGAUCUCCAACAUGAACGCAACAAGAGCCACCUUCCAGAGCCGCGUGGACGCACUCAAACACUACAUGCACUUCAGACACGUCAGCAAAGACUUGGAGCAGCGGGUCAUUCGCUGGUUUGACUACCUAUGGACCAAUCAGAAGACGGUAGACGAACAGGAAGUGCUGAAGAGCCUGCCCAAUAAGCUGAGAGCGGAGAUUGCCAUCAACGUUCACCUCGAGACGCUGAAGAAGGUACGCAUAUUCCAGGACUGCGAGGCUGGCCUUCUUGUGGAGCUGGUGUUAAAGCUUCGACCGCAAGUCUUUAGCCCUGGAGACUACAUCUGUAGGAAGGGCGACGUGGGUAAGGAGAUGUACAUCAUCAAAGACGGGCACCUGGCGGUGGUGGGGGAGGACGGGGGCACCCAGCUCGCCGUCCUCACCGCCGGGAGCUGCUUCGGAGAGAUCAGCAUCCUGAACAUCAGCGGGAGCAAGAUGGGCAACCGGCGCACCGCAAACAUCCGAAGCCUGGGCUACUCGGACCUCUUCUGCCUCUCCAAGCAAGACCUGAUGGACGUGCUGCAGGAGUUCCCGCACGCCAGGGCGCAGCUGGAGCAAAGGGGGCGGGACAUCCUGCAGAAGGAGGGGCUUCUGGAGGAAGUGAACGUCUCCGCCGGGGAGGAGGUGGAGGAGAAGGUGGAGAGGCUGGAGUCCAGUCUGGACCGCUUGCAGACCUGUUUGGCCCGCCUCCAGAGUGAAUUCAACUCCUCCCAGCUACGACUCAAAAAACGAAUCACGGUCCUUGAGCACAGCAUCGCCACGGCAACCACCGGCAGCGGCUUCCUCUCGGAGGCCGACGACAGCAUCCCCGGAGGCGACGAGAAUCGCAGUGAAAUCAACAUCCAGCUUUAG